AUGAUACCUUGGGACGGUUGUAAGGCUAAACAAAUUGCUUCUGCUCCACGAACAGAGGACUGUGUUGGUUGUAAGAGAUGUGAAUCCGCCUGUCCAACAGAUUUCUUGAGUGUCCGAGUUUAUUUAUGGCAUGAAACAACUCGCAUGUAUCUUGUCUUUACUACGAAUUAUUUUCCUUGGUUAACAAUAAUUGUCGUUUUUCCGAUAUUUGCGGGUUCUUUAAUUUUCUUUCUUCCCCAUAAAGGAAAUAGGGUAAUUAGGUGGUAUACGAUAUGUAUAUGUAUUUUAGAACUCCUUCUAACAACUUAUGCAUUUUGUUAUCAUUUCCAAUCGGAUGAUCCAUUAAUCCAACUAGUAGAGGAUUAUAAAUGGAUCGAUUUUUUUGAUUUCCAUUGGAGAUUAGGAAUAGAUGGACUUUCUAUAGGACCCAUUUUAUUAACAGGAUUUAUCACUACUUUAGCGACUUUAGCGGCUUGGCCAGUUACUCGAGAUUCUAGAUUAUUCCAUUUUCUCAUGUUAGCAAUGUACAGUGGUCAAAUUGGAUCAUUUUCGUCUCGGGACCUUUUACUUUUUUUCAUCAUGUGGGAGUUAGAAUUAAUUCCUGUUUAUCUACUUCUAGCCAUGUGGGGAGGAAAGAAACGUCUGUACUCAGCUACAAAAUUUAUUUUGUACACGGCGGGGGGUUCUGUUUUUCUCUUAAUGGGAGUUUUGGGUGUUGCUUUAUAUGGUUCUAAUGAACCAACAUUAAAUUUUGAAACAUCAGUUAAUCAGUCAUAUCCUGUGGUUUUAGAAAUAAUCUUCUAUAUUGGAUUUUUUAUUGCUUUUGCUGUCAAAUCGCCCAUUAUCCCCCUACACACAUGGUUACCAGAUACCCAUGGAGAAGCACAUUACAGUACUUGUAUGCUUCUAGCCGGAAUCUUAUUAAAAAUGGGAGCGUAUGGAUUAAUUCGAAUCAAUAUGGAAUUAUUACCUCAUGCCCAUUCUAUAUUUUCUCCUUGGUUGAUGAUAAUAGGUACAAUACAAAUAAUCUAUGCAGCUUCAACAUCUCUUGGCCAACGGAAUUUAAAAAAAAGAAUAGCCUAUUCCUCUGUCUCCCAUAUGGGUUUCAUAAUUAUAGGAAUUAGUUCUCUAACCGAUACGGGACUUAAUGGAGCCCUUUUACAAAUAAUCUCUCAUGGAUUUAUUGGUGCUGCACUUUUUUUCUUGGCGGGAACGACUUAUGAUAGAAUCCGCCUUGUUUAUCUUGACGAAAUGGGCGGAAUAGCUAUUCCAAUGCCAAAAAUGUUCACGAUGUUCAGUAGCUUUUCGAUGGCUUCCCUUGCAUUACCAGGUAUGAGUGGUUUUGUUGCCGAAUUGAUAGUAUUUUUUGGAAUAAUUACCGGCCAAAAAUAUCUUUUAAUUCCAAAACUACUAAUUACUUUUGUAAUGGCAAUUGGAAUUAUAUUAACUCCUAUUUAUUCAUUAUCUAUGCCACGCCAGAUGUUCUAUGGAUACAAGCUAUUUAACGCCCCGAAGGAUUCUUUUUUUGAUUCUGGACCGCGAGAGUUAUUUCUUUCGAUCUCCAUCUUUUUACCCGUAAUAGGUAUUGGUAUAUACCCCGAUUUCGUUCUUUCAUUAGCAGUUGACAAGGUCGAAGUUAUUCUAUCUAAUUUUUUUUAUAGAUAAUUGGAUGACUGAAAUAAAAAAACCUAUGUUUGUUUUUAAAAACAUUCUUGGACAAUGAAAAAAAGAAGACUUUUUUUCUUCUCUUAACUUAAGAAUUAAGUAAAAACAAUGAAAUUGAACUACAUAUGGUAGAAAACCGUGUGAAUCAUCAAUACAAUAUUUGAUUCACACGGUCCGCAUGCUGG